UGACCACGCCCAGGCCUGUGCUGGGACCCAGCGUCCGCACUGUAGCAGACGCCUUUACGGAAAAGGUCUAAGCGCGGCUAAGACAGUCACCUUUGGCUUUUGACCCAGCCAGAUGAUUUGCCUUCAGGCUCCCAGCCUUCAAAGUACUGCACUUGAUCUUUUAUCAGUAUUGAUCCAGGCUCUUCAGUCAAGCAGAAAGCUGAUAAGGCAGCUUUGACUAAGGAUGACUUCGUUGCUUGCUCAAGAAAUUCGCCUUUCUAAAAGACAUGAAGAAAUAGUAUCACAACGAUUAAUGUUACUUCAACAAAUGGAGAAUAAAUUUCUAGAUGAAAACAAGGAAAAGGCAUCUCAGAUACAAGCAGCUCAAACUGCUCUUAAAAGGAACCUUAGUCUUUUAAAGGAUAUAGAAGCAGCAGAAAAGUCUCUACAGACCCGGAGUCACCCAAUUCCAUCACCAGAGGUGGUUUCUCUUGAGACUCUUUACUGGGCAUCAGUAGAAGAAUAUAUUCCCAAGUGGGAACAGUUUCUUUUAGGAAGAGCACCAUAUCCGAUCGGUGUUGAAAAUGAAAAUGAAGCAGAAAAAUACCACUCAAAAUGAGGCGCAGUGAUAACUCCUUCACAUGCUCUUUCAAAAGAACCUGUUUAGUACAGCUGAAUAUUAAAGAAUAUGCAGAUCGUUUCAGGAACUUUAGGAAUCGGGUAUGUUCCCAGUGUCCCAUUACCUUCUCAAUGACGGUCAGGAUCUGACAAUCUGCUGACGAGUCUCAGGUUGUCACUUUGAAACCUACUAGUAGUUCCAGGUCAAGAAUUUGCCUUCUGCCAAAUCCAUGGAAGUGUUAGUGUUAAAAGCUCAUACUGAAAGGUGGACUGUUUAUUAAACAAGUUGCUAAAUAAAUGUGUGUGUCUCAUUUUAAGAAAAAAAAAAAUCAUUUACAGCCAUUCUCAUCUAAACAGUAAAUACUGGUUGUUCUGAUGUUACAUUUUCUAGAAUCAUUUUGGUUAUUUUAUUACAGGGAUCAUGUUCAGCACAGGAUCAAAGUGGGUGUUGGUCCAUUAUUACAGUUUCUUCUAACAAGUAGAAAAAAUAGAGACACUUAAGCUGCUUCAAUAUAAUAUUUAUUAGAGAAUGGAUUUAUAGGAUUUUGUCCUUCAUAGAUAAUCAAACCUCUGAAAGUUCCGGGGGAAAGAACUAAACCAUCAAGCAUUUGAUAAGUAGCCAGUUUCAGGAAGGCUCAGACUUGGUUCUGAAAAAGGUCCCCUUAGAGCUGAGAAUGGUUAUUGGAUUUUGACUUGGUUAUUUAAGGACUGCCAACCCUGUGAAUGUCGAUAACUCAUCUUCUCAUCUUUAAACUUGCCCUUCCCUCUCCCUUCUAUUUUCAUUAUUUCUGAAACUGUCAGAAAGCUUUGAGGUUCCUCAGUCUUCCACUGCUUGAACACUCAAGAAAAUUUGUUUUUCUAAUUAUAGAGGCAGCUCCUGCUAGCAAGGGGAGUCUAUACGUUCAUUGCCAUUCAAGCAUUUAAAUUUCAAACU